CCCACUAAACCGCUUCCGAUCAAAUUGGUAAACACCGGCUGCCGCCUCGCCUAUUUUCCUAAUCGCCCACCCUCCUCGUUAUCAAAAUUUACACGCUGGUCGUUGUUGGGAUGCUGUUGCUUGCUGCACACGCCGGUAGAGCGCAACAAUGUCUAGCGACCAAAGUGCAAAUGUGGAGCUGAUAAAAAAACACAUCGGAGAGUACCCGGACUUUCCCAAAAAAGGCAUCCUCUUCAAGGACAUCUUCACGGCACUCCGGAAUGGGGAGGUUUGUAAGGCCAUCAAGAGCGUGCUGCUGGCGUACGUUCGCGAGAACUGUCCCGAUGUGCAGGUGAUCGUUGGACUGGAAGCGCGCGGCUUUCUGUUCAGUUUACUGAUAGCGGCCGAACUGGGAAUCGCAUCGGUUCCGAUACGCAAGAAGGGUAAACUGCCGGGAACCUGCGCUCGCCAGGAGUACGAGCUGGAGUACGGAACGGAUGUAUUCGAGAUACAGCAGGGCAGCAUAACGGCCGGUCAGAAGGUGUUGAUCAUCGACGAUCUGUUGGCCACCGGUGGAACGAUGACGGCCGCGAAUUUGCUGGUACAGCAGCUCGGGGGUGUCGUCGAGCGCAAUCUCGUCAUUCUAGAGCUGACGCAGCUCGGUGGAAGAAAGAAGCUGGAAGCCAGCGGAGCGACCGUACAUUCCUUUAUACAUUACGACGAUAUCGAGUAACUGAGUGGCGAUCCGGGCGAGAUCCCUCUGUUGUGCACCAUUGUUCUUCCUUCUCUUUAUCUCCCAUGUCUCCCGCUGGAAAGCAAUCUGCAAACGAUGUUGAUGUUACGCGCAAUCGCUUCAAGAAGGCAGCUCAAGCAUAGAAAAGACCAAAAAAUGUGAUUUAGAAUCCAACCGUCGUUCGCCAUGCGCUAUGCACAGCCGAUUUGCAUCCAUUUCACAAAGUCACAGCCAAUGAAGCUCAGGGUAUAGUAGGAGAAUAUCUUUUCGGAAAGCUUUACGAUAUUUUGUGUACUGUUAUUUCCACGGUGAAUAAAAACCACCUUUUAAAUUGAACUCUACAUCUCAUCAAACAGA